UCACUUUAGUUGAGAAAAAAUAUGGCGCGAAAUAUUACCUCCUCAUGACGAUUAUUCAAGUCACGUGAUCAAUUCAAUAUGGCAGCGACCAGGCGGCUUCAGAAGGAAUUGGGAGAUUUAAGAAAGGCUGAUUUAAAAACGUUUAGAAAUAUUAUUGUAGAUGAAUCGAAUAUACUGAAAUGGGAAGGAUUAAUAGUUCCAGAUCAGGUUCCCUUCAAUAAAGGGGCGUUUAAAGUAGAGAUUAACUUUCCUGCAGAGUAUCCAUUUAAACCACCAAAAGUUACGUUCAAAACAAAAAUAUACCACCCUAAUAUUGAUGAGAAGGGUCAGGUGUGUCUACCUAUCAUUAGUCCAGAACACUGGAAACCAGCUACAAAAACAGAUCAAGUAAUACAAUCACUAAUAGCCUUAGUUCAGGAGCCUGAACCUGGCCACCCACUCAGACCUGACUUAGCUGAAGAAUUUACUAGAGAUAAGAAGAAAUUUUUUAAAAAUGCAGAUGAAUACACAAAAAAGCACAGCGAAAAAAGACCAACAGAUUAAAUGUGAUAAAUACAUAUAUUGACAAGGCAGUGAUUAAUUAAUUCCGUGGUUUUUAGUGCUUUCAACUUAAUUUAUGUUCUAGGAGAAACAUUUCUUAUAGUAUUGGAAACAGUUUUCAGUUGAAGCAAUAUUUUCAAAAUAAAGGGACUGAGAUUUAAAAGCUUAAGACUUACACAUAUCUAAUGACUUUUUGAAUCUUCACCACAAAAUGUACAAUGUAAUUAAUGAUAUUUAUAUAGGUUUGAUUUAUCUCCUGAUACAAAGGGGAACAAUUCAGUUCACCUUUGAUAUGAAGGAGUAUAGUUAAGUUCUCCUAUGACUCAAAGGGGAAUAAUUCAGUUUAUUUCAAUGCAAAAUUACAUGUAUCAUUUGCAAAGAAUGCAAUAAUAGAUUUUGGCAAAAUAAAUGAGUUUUUCUCUGAAAACCUGCAAUAGAAAAUGAAAAUGUAUGUAUACACACAAAGUUUCAUGUAAGCAACUAUAUAAGUGAUCUUAAUUGGUCUCACAAGAUACAAGGUCAAGGGGAAACAAUUCAGGUCUGUUCAAUUGCAAAAACAUUUAAAUUUUGCAAAGAAUGCCAUAAUAAAUUUUGGCAAAAGAUAGUAGUGGUCUCUUAAAAAUGAAAAGAAAAUGAUUUAUUGUGAAUUUUAUUUGCUGGAAAAUAAUGAAAUCUAGGAAUUAAUUGUCAAACUGUGGCAGUCUUUGUGUGAUUAUUUCAUAGCAUUGUGAUAUUUACCAAUUGUGUUCGUGAAUUAUCAGCAAGAUUAUUUAAUUUGAAUUUGAUUGAAGAUGUAUUUUAAGAAAAUGGAUGCUUCUGAAUUGUUAGUUUAAUGUACCAUUUGAUAGAAUAAAAAGAACUGUAUGGAUUAAGCCAAUUUUAGGUCAAAAAGUUCUUCAGGCAUUCAAAUAAAUCAUUCUUGGAAUUUGAUUUUUUCCAUAGUGAAGGCGUCCCUGAUGAAGGUUGAUCCAGAAGAGGGCUUCAAGACACCAAAUUUAUAAUGUAUUGUUUAAUUUUGCAAUGUAUCACUUUGCUAUGGUAUUAAUCCACAUUGACUGCACCAUAGCCUAUUGUCGUUUGUCUUUCUAAUUGGCAAUGUUUUACAUUUAUAUACAUAUGAAGAUGUCUUAGUAAUUGACUUGAUUUAUUGGUAUAAAAGAACAUUUUUUUUGUUUUGUUUGUUUUUAUCUUUUUUGUCAGGAAUUUUUCUGAUUUAUGUUUUUUUUCCUAAGGAAAAGACCAGCAGUUAAUAACACCUGUUUUGUGACAUAUUUACUUUCCGUAUAACGGGCUAGAGAAAUUAUUCGAAGCUAUGUCCAUUUAUGUCUAAAAUAUUGA